AUGAAGUUCUCACUUAAGGGCAAAAGCGGAUCUCCGCCAUUGACCGAUAUCUCAAAUGAUUCCACCGAUCGCGAAAAGCGAGGCAGUUUUUCAGACGAAUCCGACGUGCCUUGGGCAACAUGGCGAUCUGUAUUGCUUGGUGCAUUCGUCUCAAUUGGUGGUAUCAUCUUCGGAUAUGACACCGGACAGAUCUCGGGAUUCCUGGAAAUGCACAACUUCAAACAGAGAUUCGCGCAAUUGAAGCCGGAUGGAACGUAUAAGUUCAGCAAUGUUCGAUCGGGACUGAUCGUGUCGAUGCUAUCCAUUGGAACCCUAAUUGGAGCCUUGCUCGCAGGUCCAUUGACAGACCGAAUUGGUCGCAAGUGGUCCAUCUUCUUCUGGUGCAUCAUCCUUCAUGUGGGAUUGAUCAUUCAGAUCUCGUCGCCUGGGGGCAAAUGGUAUCAGAUGAUGAUGGGUCGAUUCGUCACCGGCUUCGGAGUAGGCGCUUGCUCACUCCUGGUCCCGAUGUAUCAAGGUGAGAUUGCACCACGACACAUCCGAGGUGCAAUGGUGUGUUCCUACCAACUCUUCGUCACACUGGGCAUAUUCGUGGCAUACUGCAUCAACUUUGGCACUGAGAGCAUGGACAGCUCUGCAUCCUGGCGAAUCCCGCUCGGAAUCACUUUCCUCUGGGGUCUGAUCCUUGGAAUUGGUAUUUUGUUCUUCCCAGAGAGUCCACGAUUUGACUUCCGACAUGGCCGAGUUGACCGAGCCCGACGGACCAUGGCUAAAUUGUAUGGUGUGCCGGAAAACCACCGUGUGAUCGUGCAAGAAGUCAACGAGAUCCAAGAGCAGCUGGACGCCGAGAAAGGUUCACGAGGUGGUAUAUAUGGAUGGGUUGAGAUGUUCCAAGCGCCGCGCAUGCCGUAUCGAAUUGUCCUGGGGGUUGUGCUUCAGGCCCUCCAGCAGCUCACCGGUGCCAACUACUUCUUCUACUACGGAACGGUGAUCUUCAACGGCGCUGGAAUCGACAACACAUACGUGACACAGAUGAUUCUUGGCGGCGUGAACUUUGGCACUACCUUUGGCGGAUUGUAUGUGAUUGAACAUUUCGGUCGACGCAAGUCCCUCAUUACCGGCGGGAUCUGGAUGUUCUGCUGCUUCCUGAUCUUUGCAUCGGUAGGUCACUUUGCCCUGGAUAUUCAGACACCUCGUAAUACACCAGCCGCGGGUACUGCCAUGGUUGUCUUCGCGUGUCUGUUCAUCACUGGGUUUGCCAUGACAUGGGGACCGAUGGUGUGGGCGAUUGUGGCAGAGUUGUACCCAUCACGAUACCGAGCACGGGCGAUGGCGAUGGCGACGGCAUCCAACUGGCUGUGGAAUUUCUUGAUUGGGUUUUUUACCCCGUUCAUCACGGGGGAUAUUGACUUUGCGUACGGGUACGUGUUCGCGGGGUGUUUGUUCUUCUCGGUGAUUAUUGUUUACUUCUUUGUCAUUGAGGGCAAGGACAAAACCCUUGAGGAGAUGGACAUGAUGUAUGUCAUGCGGGUGCCACCAUGGAAGAGCAGCAAGUGGCAGCCUCCAUCGCCGCAGGACAGACUCACGACGGAUCAGUUGAUGGACCGCAAGGUGGCGAAGAAGUAUGACAAGGAGGAAGAUACCUCCAACAAGAAGGUGUCCGAGGGAGCUCCGGGCCAUUCGCAUGCCGAAGAUGCGAAUGACGCCGCUGGGCCCUCCAAUUUCUAG